AUGGCUCAAGCUCAGGCCCGCGCCCACCACAGGAAAGCCGGGCAGCAGCACCAGCCGCAGCCGCAGCCGCCGCCGCCGCAGCCGCAGGGCGCCGACAAGGGAGGCGGCGGCGGCGGAGGCGGAGGCGGCGGUGGCGGGAAGAAGAAGGAGAAGCCGGAGCUGCUGGUGUUCGGCUACGCCUGCAAACUCUUCCGCGAGGAUGAGAAGGCCCUGGCGCAGGAGCGCGGCAGCCACCUGAUCCCCUGGAUGGGAGACGACGCGCUGCAGAUCGACAGGUAUGAUUGUCGGGGUCACCUUCACGACCUGUCCGAGUGUGAUGCUGGAUCCUGGAACCGCGACUAUCAGUUGUCGGAGGAAGAGGCGAGGAUAGAGGCGCUGUGCGAUGAAGAGAGGUAUUUAGCCUUGCAUACGGACUUGCUUGAGGAGGAGGCAAGGCAAGAGGAAGAAUACAGGCGCCUGAGUGAGGCUUUAGCAGAGGAUGGGACCUAUCAUGCAGUGGACUUCGCGUACAGAAGUGACUACUAUGAUCCAUCACAACCAACAGAAGAGGAAGAAAUGAAUAAAGCUGAUGCAGAGCUUGAUAAUAUGGAAGAAAAUGAGGAACCAUACACCGCUCCUGCUGGGCUCCUCGUGCCCUCUGAUGUAGAAGUUCCUGCAACGUCCAAAAUGCAUGCCAUCAUCGAGCGGACAGCAAAGUUUGUCUGCAUAGAGGGAACCCAGUUUGAGAUCAUGCUUAAGGCUAAACAAGCCCGGAACUCUCAGUUUGACUUCCUACGAUUUGACCAUUACCUGAACCCAUACUAUAAGCACAUUCUGAAGACAAUGAAAGAAGGAAAAUAUGUUCCUCAUCCAGACAAAAAGUCCGAUGACAAACGAAAUUCUCUGUCAGAAGAUGGUGAGGAGGACGAUGAUGAUGGUGAUGGUGGAUACCUGCAUCCCAGCCUAUUCGCUACUAAACGUAACUCCCGAUUGGAAGAACUGACCAGACCGUUGAAAAUCAUGGAUCCAGACCACCCGCUUGCAGCUCUGGUUCGCAAAGUGCAGGCAGACGCCAAGAUGUCCAAACAGCAAGCGUCCGAGGAGGCAGCAGCCAGUGCUCCCACGGAAUACAGCACAGACUCGAUGGGAGCCAUGUAUUAUGGUUAUUACAUGAUGCCCGAUGGUACUUACUGCAUGACACCACCUCCGCCUGGAAUGGAAGUUGCCGGUUACUAUGGCACAUUGCCUUCAGAGAUGGCGACAUCGACAGCCACCGGAGUAUCCGCCCCUCCGCCUCCCGGCACCACCCCACCACCGCUCCCGGUCACUGACGCCAGCAACAACCAGCUCCCUGCAGCUACAGUCACGUCAAGUGCCUCAACUUCGCUUCCUGUCAUCAUUCCUCCACCCCCCGAUACCCAGCCAGUCAUCGACAAGUUGGCUCAGUACGUGGCACGGAACGGAACCAAGUUUGAAACCAGCGUGCGAGCCAAGAACGACCCACGGUUUGAGUUCCUGCAGCCCUGGCACCAGUUUAAUGCCUAUUAUGAGUUCAAGAAGCAGUACUUCGCUCAGAAAGAAUGUGGUGGUAUCGUUCAGGAGACAUUAGUGGCAAGCACGCUCACUGCUGGCACCUCCUCGGAGUUACUGCCUCCCUCUGUCGAUGACACUGUAACCAGCCCCGAAGCGGCCAGUGCGGCAAUCCCAAAACCUGACCAGAUCAAUUCCUUUGACAAGCCAGCGAAUGACGGAAAGCUACUAAAAGCAUCUUUCGCACCAAUCAGCUUUGCGAUUAAGGCGAAGGAGAACGACAUGUUGCCUUUGGAGAAGAAACGAGUGAAACUGGAUGACGACAGUGAUGAUGACACACACGAUCCUUCUGACGACUCUACAAAGACAUCCUCCUCUGCCCGUCCCCCUGAGGAGAAGAAGCCCCAACUGACUGCUGAGGAGAUUGAGGCUAAACACGCUAAACAGCGGCUGGAGGCCAAGCUGGCUGCUGCAGCCAGGGAGAAGCUGGCUCAGGCCUCAAAGGAAUGUAAGGAGCGACAGCUACAGGCUGAGCGCAAGAAAAAAGCUGCACUUUUCCUUCAGAAUCUGAAAAACCCGACGUCCUUGGGUGAGACGGAGGCUGGGACCGCAGAAGACAGCACUCAGCAAGUGGAGUUUCAGGCUGUCAGUGAGAUUUGUAGUAAAGUUUCAUCUGUAACGGAGAGAAAAACACCGGAGCAAUCAUCGCCAAAGUCAACGAGACCUUUCAGAGAGAAGGACAAGAAGAAAGAGAAAAAGCAUCGGAAGAAGUCUCGAUCCAGAUCCCGCUCGCGCCCCAGAUACCGACUCCGAUCCCGGUCCAGAUCCAGAUCCCGCUCACGUUCGAAAGCCAAGCAUUCUCUGCCGAGUGCCUAUCGCAGCGUCCGGCAUUCACGGUCGAGGUCGCCUCACGGGAGAAGAGCUCAGUGUUCGGAAAGACGGCGGGAAGACCGGGAUCGUAAUGUUCCCAGUGCGUAUCGUGUCGGCAACAGCCCAGGCCUCAGUACCCGAAAGCGAUCGCGGUCAAGAUCUCCGUACGAAAGGAAGAAGAAAAAGAGUUCUCGGUCUCACCCCAAGCUAAAGGGAAGGACUUUACGUUCCCGAUCACGGUCUUUAUCACCUAAAAAGUGCUCGAGUGUGAAGUCUUCAGCCAGAAGCUCAGCACAUUCGACCAGUUUAUCCCCGGCAGAGAGCAGAGGUUCCAGCCCUAGCCAUUUCAGGGAAGUCUCCCAGGAAAAGGAUGGAACAGCAUCACCAGGACUGCUAUCGUCAAUGCAGAGCAAAAUAACUCAGGAUCUCAUGGCCAAAGUGAGAGCAAUGCUGGCUGCUUCAAAGGAUAUACAGACUAACGUGUCCUGAAUAAAAUCCAACAGACUCCCAGGGACACGAUGACCUGAAAAGUGUUUGCACCAACAUUGAGGCAAUUAAGAACUAAUUCGUUAGAGUUCAUUUGAGCAGUAUUUCACUUUGACAACUGUUCUGUAGAGUUACUUUUGAUAAAUACCGAAUGACUGAGAUCUUGCUCUGUUCUGUUAUUGGUGUUUUGCAAUGUUCCGCUCUCAAGCUCGGACACAAGAGGGAGUUGAAACACCUGACACCUUCGGAAAACUGGAGUUGUGUUUUGUACUGAGCCCCAGGGGACUGGCUGCCUCGACACACUUGCGAUGACCAGAUGGGAGCUCAGUUUAUCCUUCUAUGAAGGAGUUUACUACUUAAUGUCUAUAGAAGAAUGAGAUGGCUUUUUGAUUUUUGUAAUUACAAGCGUUCUCUGUGCCCCAAAACCCUCUUUGAUAGCAACUGUUUUGGGGGAUUUUAGCCUUGAACCAGUUGAUGGACUCAUUUUAAAGAUCCACAGCAGGAGGAGCAGACAGGCUGAGAACAGUCAUAGUAUUUUUGAUUCCCUGCGGAGAAACCAUUUUACAGUAUAUUUCCCCAAACUUGCUUUUGGGCACUUGUUGAAAUGUGUACAUAUCUUUUGACCUGAUUUCACACUGUAAUGUAAUGCCGUUUGGGCCCCAGCAAAUUAAAGUUUCCAACGACAGUGACAAACCUGUUAAAAUA